GUUUUUGCAGGCAAACAACGAAUCAUACAUUUGCUACUCGUGAUUUCUGCUUCUCGCAGUAAUGGCAAGACUGAAUCUAUGGUUCACUCUCAGUGCCUAUCUACUCUCGAUGCUUCUUCUUUCACCGAUUUCUGCAAGAACGGAUCCACUGGACGCCGCAGCUAUUCAUGAACUGUACGAGGCCCUAAAUUACCCAGCGCAGUUGAAGGGUUGGAAACGGGAAGGUGGGGACCCUUGUGAAGAAUCAUGGAAAGGAAUCUCAUGCUCUGGUUCAUCCGUAAUAUUCAUUCAUCUUCAUGGGUUGCGGCUUGGUGGGAAUCUCGGGGGUCACCUCUCCAAUCUACUGCGUUUGCAGGAACUGGAUGUCAGUGAAAACAAUAUUCAGGGAGAAAUCCCCUCCUCCUUACCUCCCAAUGCAACAUAUUUCAAUUUGGCGUGCAACAAUUUCGUCCAGUCUAUACCUUACUCCCUAACUUCUAUGAAACGUUUGCAUCAUCUGAAUCUCAGCCAUAAUUCCUUAAGUGGACCGAUAGGAAAUGUAUUUACUGAUCUCCAGACUGUCAGACAAAUGGAUCUAUCAUACAAUAAUUUUACCGGGGAUCUCCCUAGUUCAUUUGGAGAUUUGACAAGUCUUACGAAGCUGUUCUUACAAAACAACAAAUUCACAGGAUCUGUUAUUUUCUUGGCCAAUCUUCCACUUUCUGACCUUAAUAUCCAAAAUAACCACUUUAGUGGUGUUAUACCGAAGCAAUUUCAACUUAUACCAAACCUGUGGAUUGCUGAAAAUAUGUUCCAAUAUGGAGCUAACUAUCCUCCAUGGAAUUUCCCUUGGGACAAUUUGUCUACUGACCAGAAUAUCAACACCCCCCCGACAACGCAAUCAACUGCCACUGAGAGCUAUCCUUAUGUUAGAGAAGGCAGACAUAAGCAUGAAAGAUUAGGUCCUGCAGGAAUUGCUUGUAUGGUUGGUGGAGGAACUCUGCUGGCAACAUGUGCCGCUCUCAUCAUUGCCGUUCACAUCAACCGAUCCCGUUCACGCAAGCUUGAAAGCUUGAAGAGAGAUGAUAGCUCAUUGCAAACUCUUCCAUUAAGUACAACUGCAGUACAUUGUGCUUCUAAUGCUCCAGAAAUGAACUCACAGAAUUCAGCUUGUGGAUCUCCUCCUAUGAUUAAUUCAUGGCGCAUACUUUCUGUUCGCCAUAACAGAAAUGAAGGAGUGGGUAGAAUAAGUUUCUCAGGAAGUACCAGAAACCUUCCCAUUGCAAAACGAUACACUCUGGCAGAUAUUCAAUCUGCCACUAACAGCUUCCAUGAAGAAAACAUUCUUGGGGAGGGCUCACUGGGUUCUGUUUAUAAAGCUGAAUUUCCUGACGGUCAAAUUUUGGCUGUGAAGAGCAUCAAGACAGUGCCACUGUCUCUCCAUGAAGAGGAACAAUUCCUAGAUGUAAUUUGGAAGGUGGCCCGUCUAAGGCACCCAAACAUUACAACGCUUCUGGGCUAUUGUAUUGAGCAUGGACAUCACCUUCUUGUCUAUGAGUACGUCAGAAACUUGUCACUAGAUGAUGUCCUACACUGUGACACUUACAUGCCUCUUUCUUGGAGCCUCCGUGUCAGAAUUGCCCUUGGAAUAGCUCGAGCACUGGAAUAUUUACAUACAUCAUGCUUCCCUGCUUGCCCUCAUUGCAAUUUGAAGGCUGCCAACAUUUUGCUUGAUGAUGACCUUAUGCCUCGUCUCUGCGACUGUGGACUGGCUAUUCUGAGGCCUCUCACUAGCAAUACUGUUAAACUUAAGGCUUCUGAAAUGGCUAUCAACUGUACUGUUUAUGUUGCACCGGAACAUGGUCAACCCAGAGUCGAUAACAAGAAAAGUGACACGUAUGCCUUUGGAGUCUUGCUUUUGGAGCUUUUAACAGGAAGGAAGCCUAUUAACAGUUCCAGGUCAAGUGAGGAACAAUGUCUAGUGAAAUGGGCUUCAUUGCACCUACACGAUAACAAGUCUUUGGAAGAGAUGGUUGAUCCAACAAUUAAAAGAUCGUUCUCUUCCAAGGAUCUCUCUCUAUUUGCUGAUAUUAUCUCCCUCUGUAUUCAGCCUGACCCAGAAUUCAGACCACCAAUGUCUGAAAUUGUGGAUUACUUGGUCUCCUUGGAUCAGUCGAUGAGCAUCGGGGAAAGAAGUUUGGAUUAUUGUAACGAGGUUGAAGCUUCAGAGAGAUCUUUCCUGUCUACUAACACCCGCUUUAGAAGCUCUCCCUUGUCAAGCCAUGCUUUCAUUGACCCCUAAUUUGUUGGAUGACAUUUUAUUCUUUUUCUCUCUCUCCCCCCCCCCCCUUCCCUAUGAAGUUGAAUGUAACAGAAUCAUCAGAUUGUUUUUCCACAUUGGUUAAAUGUAUGUAGUGUACAGUUCACAUCCUUAAGACUGCAGCGCUUCGGGGGAAAAUGCGAAUUUUGAAUGUGAUAUGAUUGAACGAGUA